CCUUCCUCGCCCCUCCCGGGGAUGAAGAGGAGGCGGCUGCUACUACUGAGGGGACGUCAUUCAGAGUGAUCUUUAUGAUGCUGCUCAAAACUAAGCCGAUGGCCGCUGUUUUCUCUUCCUCCACAGGGCAAUGGCGAGCCAUUACAUCCCUGAGCCACAGCGACUCGUUACCUGGCUUUUUGUUAUCGACGUGGAAGGUUUGGUUCGUGUGGCGCCAUUACGCACAUGGUUGCUUCUACUGGGUUUCAGGUACCAGUGAAAAAUUGCUCGUGCUUGACAUCCGGACAAUGGAGUUCUCCAUGGUUGACCACCCACCCUGUCCCAGAUUUUCGGGCGAUGAUGUGGCCAUCGUUGAGGCAGGCCAAGGCAUGAUUGUGAUGUUUGUGCCUAAACCUGACACAGGUCGCCGUUUUUAUACUGUUUGGCGAAAGAAUGGUGGGAGUUCCACACAGUGGCAGAUGGAGAAUGAGCCAUUCUUGCUGGAUUCUGGGUCCUUGAUCAAGGGUGCUGUGGGUAGGCACUUGCUCCUAUAUUAUGUCGGAAGCUCGUCAGUCAAGCAAGGUUGUUACACGCGGGACGUCGACACAUUCCAGUUUGACAGGGUGUGUGGUUCAUGUCCCCACCCGUCGGAAGCAUAUUGCAACUUCCCACCAUCGUUAUUAUCGUCGCCGACAGUGUCAAGUGGUUCCCGCUCUUGCGCUUCUCCACUCCCAGAGUGCCGCCGGCUCGCCACCGCCCUUCGCUCCAACAACCGCCGAGGCUUCCGGCUCCCGCGAACCCACCCUCUUCUUCAGCGACCGCUGAGGUGUCGACCGGUGCACCACCAAGCUGCCGGUGUGCUGGCUACCAGAGCCAUCCCACAAGGUCACUUCACUAUAACCUACCACGGGGGCCUGAAGUACGAGAAGCUGACCCUGGAGGCGUGCAAGGACCUGUUGUCGCAGCAGCCGCCCAAGCUUUGAUCCCCUUGUUCGUCGUCGAAGGCACACGCCAUGCUGACGCCCAGGGAGCGGGGGAUGAUGUACUGGUGCCUGAACUACAGGAAGCUGACCCUGGAGGCAUGCAAGGACCUGUUCUCGCAACAGCUGCCCAAGCUCUGAACCCCUUGUUCGUCGUCAAAGGGACACGCCAUGCUAAUGUCCAGGGAGCAGGGGAGCCUGAAGUACGAGAGGCUGACCCUGGAGGCUUGCAAGGACCUGUGGUCGCAGCGGCCGCCCAAGCUCCGAACCCCUUGUUUGUCAUCGAAGGCACACGCCAUGCUGAUGUCCAUGGAGUGGGGGGUGAUGUGCUGGUGGCUGAAGUACGAGAAGCUGACCGUGGAGGUGUGCAAGGACCCGUUGUGGCAGCGGACGCCCAAGCUCCAAACUCCUUGUUCGUUGUGGAAGGCACACCUCAUGCUGAUGUUGUCCAGGGAGCGGGGGUCGAUGUGCCGGUGCCUGAACUACAAGAAGCUGACCCUGAAGCGACGCAAGGAUCUGUUGUCUCAGCUUCUGCCCGAGCUCCAGACCCCUUGUUGGUCGUCGACAACGAUGACGAUGCUGAGGCGGGUCACGGUGAGGCGAGGAGGAGGCGCUGGGGUUGGGGCUGGGGCUGCGGAGGUUGCAGAGCCGGGUAAGCGAGGUGGAGAGGGCGGCGUGCGAGGAGGCGAGGGGCCGGAGUAUGUGGCAGGAUGGUAGCUAGAUGGAGUGAGCAAGAGUGACUCCAUCCUUUUUGUAAAGCUUACUUGCUUGAUCUGUGCCGUGAUGGUCCCUGGUUGCUCUUGUUCUGUGCAACUGUCUCUGGAUGACUGAUCGACAGUGCAGUUUUUCCCUUUCUUUUGGGAGGCAACAAUUAGCAUUGUCGAUUUUGUUGUUGUCUCAACUCAGUCAGCCGUUUGUUUCGAGGGGAUGAGCCGAGUUACUUACAGGCCAUGGUGGAGUUACUUACACGUUAGGUGGAUCAGGGCAGUGAAACGGAGAUGGCUGACCUUUAGUAUAUCGUUGCAUCCAUGCCUCAGUGAAGUUUCUGUUCC